GCGGCGGCCGCCGGUGCCGGUGCGGUCCCGGUGCGGUGCCGGUCCCCGCGGGCCAUGCGGCGGCCGUAGCCAUGCAGCGCGACGGGGAUGCGGCGGCGGCCGCCGCGGCCUCGUACCGGGUGCUCAGCCGGCUGCUGGGCUAUGGCACCGGGCCGGAGGCGGGCGCGGCGGGCGGUACCGGUGCCGGUACCGGUACCGGCGCGGCGGGCGGGGGGCGGCUGCUGCCGGGGGCCGGACCGGCGCUGCGCAGCCCGCGGCCGCAGCUGAUGGUUUUCCGCAACGCGGCGGCCGAGGGCCGGCCCGGCGAGGACUGCGGCCCGGCGGCGGCGGCGGCGGCGGCGGGCGGGGGGGUCCCGGCGGGCGGCGGGGCCGAGCUGUGCCCGCGGCACCGCUGCGCGCUGGAGCCCAAAGCGGCGGCGGGCUGGGGAGCGGCGGCGCAGAGCGGGCUGGAGCUGCAGCUGGCGGCGCUGGGGCUGCGCCCGCCGGGGCUGGCGGCGAAGGCGGCGGCGGGCACGGGGGGCACCCCCUGCCCGUGCCUCGGGCCGCCCGCCGGCGAGGAGACCAGCGAUGCGCUGCUGGUGCUCGAGGCGCUGGAGCCCGACGAGGGCGGCAGCGGCUCCGAGGACGAGCCGGGGUCCCCGGGGCGCGGGGCCGCCCGCGCCGCCGGCAGAACGGCGGGUACCGGCCCCGCGCCGCCGCCCGCGGGCACCGGCACCGGCACCGGCCCCGGCGGCAGGAAGGGCUCGCUCCGCAUCCGCCUCAGCCGCCUCUUCCGCACCAAGAGCUGCAGCGGCGGAUCGGCCGCCGGGGACGCCGCCAGCGCCGCCGCCUCGGCCGGGAGCCUCACGGAUGUGUGCGGGGCCCGCGGCCGCGAGCAGGAGCCGGGCAGGAAACACAGACUGACGAGAACCCAAAGUGCCUUUUCCCCGGUCGUGUUCAGCCCCCUCUUCACAGGCGAGACGGUGUCGCUGGUGGACGUGGACAUUUCCCAGCGAGGGCUCAGCUCCCCUCAGCCGCCGACGCCUCCGCCGCCGCCCCGCCGGAGCCUCAGCCUGCUGGAUGAUUUCAGCGGGACGCUGCCUCCGGCCGUGCUGCUGGGGCCCGUGGGCUCCUCCCUGCAAUCCUUCCCGCUGCCGCCGCCUCCGCCGCCCCACGCCGCAGACGCCUUUCCCCGGCCGGCGCCGCUGCGGCCGCCCGAGGCCCCGGGCCCGCCGCCCCUGCCCUGUCCCCUGGCCCGGCCCGACCCCGGCAGCUUCGCCGCCAGCCUCAGGGAGCUGGAGAAGUGCGGGUGGUACUGGGGCCCCAUGAACUGGGAGGACGCCGAGAUGAAGCUGAAGGGAAAACCCGACGGAUCCUUCCUGGUGCGGGACAGCUCCGACCCCCGCUACAUCCUGAGCCUGAGCUUCCGCUCGCAGGGAAUCACGCACCACACCCGCAUGGAGCACUACCGAGGGACCUUCAGCCUGUGGUGCCACCCCAAGUUCGAGGACCGCUGCCAGUCCGUGGUGGAGUUCAUCAAGAGGGCGAUCAUGCACUCCAAAAACGGGAAAUUCCUCUACUUCCUGCGCUCCCGGGUCCCAGGUCUCCCUCCGACGCCCGUCCAGCUCCUGUAUCCCGUCUCCAGGUUCAGCAACGUCAAAUCCCUGCAGCACCUUUGCCGCUUCCGCAUCCGGCAGCUGGUCCGGAUCGACCACAUUCCCGAGCUCCCGCUGCCCAAGCCCCUGAUCUCCUACAUCCGCAAGUUCUACUACUACGACCCGCAGGAGGAGCAGUACCUGUCCCUCAAGGAGGCCCAGCUCAUCUCCCGACAGAAGCAGGAGCCGGAAUCCUCCACGUAGCGGAGCCGGCCCGGCACCCACGGAAUUUGGUUGUUGCCCUCCUGCCGUGGUGGGGAGGAAGCCAAGCUGCUCCUGCUGCUGCUGCUGCUGCUCUUUUCCCUGGAGGAGAGGGCCCAGCAUUCCCAGGAAUCCCAGGAAUCCCAGCAUUCCCAGGAAAGCCAGCAGAGCAGGAUUCCUCCUGGGAAAAGGAAUCCCGGCCCCGCGGGAUCCCUGCGGAACGAAGAAUGUCACGGCACUAUUCCCAAGUUUUCCUGGAAGUUUUCAGUUUGGAUUGUCUUUGGAUUUUUUCUUUUUUUUUUAUUUUUUUUGAUUUUUCAGCAUGAGGAAGAAAAAAAAACAACUGGAUUUUCUGAUCCCACCUUGGAGGAAUUUCAAGGGGAAUUUUCUGGGAAGAUCCCUCUGUUCCCAAGGCUUUGAUCCUCACUGGAGAGCUGCAAAUGGAGCCAAGGGGUUGGAAUAACCCCUGGGAAUAACCCCUGGGAAUAAACAAAAUGUGGAAUUCUCAGCAGCUCCACCCACUUCCCAGGAUUUUGGGAAAAAGAGAUCCAAACCCUCCUGGGGAAAAGCUUGAAGAAGAAGAAGAGGAAGGAAGAGGGUUGGGAUAUGAUGGAUCCGAAGGGAACAUUCCUGAAAAAGCUGCUGGAAUUUCUGGAGCUCUCCCUGGAUCCUGCGGGGAUCCCAAAAUUUGGGAUGGGCCCAGCCUAUCCCUGGUGGAUUCCAGAGGCUGGGAAUGAAGAUUUCCUCUGGUGGAUCCUCCUGGAGCAGCUCCCUCCUCCCCCUGGGAUAUUUGGGAACGGCAAAUCCAGGAGAGUCGUGGAAUCUUUCCCGAUUUUUGGGCACAAAUUCCCUCCCUCACCCCUUUGGGAUCCCGGGCUGCUGCUCCAUCCCCUGAGCGGGAAUUCCAUGGGGGAACUUCCAGCUGGGAAUUCAAGGAGCAGCAUUCCAGUGCUCUGAAUCCAAGGAAUUGCCCCAUCCUGCUGGAGCUGAGGAUUCCCUGGGAGCUGCCAGGACCUGGAAUUCUUGUGGAUUUUAAUGGAAAAGAAAAUAAUUCCAAGCUGCUUUGCCAUGAAAGGUGCUACAAAUCCUGCCCUGCCUGCCUCCUCCAGCUGGGAUUUGGAGGGAAAAAACAAACAAGCAAAAAAAACCACAAUCCUUAAAAAAAAUUCCAGGUUUCUGGGUGAAACCGAGCUUGAAAAAUCCAUGGAAAUACCUCGUGGGACUGUGUGAGGGAAAACCUUCCUAAAAGCCAGGCCUGCUCCAGCUUUUCAUCCCAAAAAAACCCCAAAAAACAAAACAAGAGACUCUGGAGGAAAAAAAAAGAAGGAAAAAAAGAAAAGUGGAUCAGGGAUGGAUAAUGGGAUGCAGGGAAUUUGGGAAGGUGGGAGGGAAAAUCCAGGGGAAAUCCUGUUUUUUCCGUGGGGUGGUGGUGGCAGCAUUCCCACUUUUCUUUGGGAAUGGGGGCACUGGGAAUGGGAGCUGGGGUUUUUUUUUUGGGUUUUUUUUUGCCACCUUUGGGUGCUCCCAAUCCCCCAAAAACUCAUCCUGGGGUGUUCCAGUGACCCGAAAUCCCACCCUGGGGUGCUCCCAGUGCCACUUGGGGGUUUUCCCAGUGCUCCCAGUCCCUAAAAAUCCACCCUGGGUGCUCCCAGUACCCCAAAAUCCCACCCUGGGGUGCUCCCAGUCCCUAAAAAUUCUCCCUGGGGUGCUCCCAGUGCUCCCAGUGCCCCAAAAUCCCAUCCUGGGCAGCUCCCAGUUCUCCCAGUGCCACCCUGGGGUGUUCCCAGUCCCUAAAAAUUCAAACUGGGGAGCUCCCAGUGCCACCUUGGGAUGCUCCCAGUGCCCCAAAAUCCAUCUUGGGGUGCUCCCAGUCCCUAAAAAUUCCCACUGGGGUGCUCCCAGUGCCCCAAAAUCCACCCUGGGUAGCUCCCAGUGCUCCCAGUGCCACCUUGGGGUGCUCCCAGUGCCACCCUGGGGAGCUCCCAGUGCUCCCAGUGCUCCCAGUCCAGGGCUUCACCCCAAAUCCCAGGAAUUUCACGGGAUCCAGCCUCACCUUUGGAGGAGGAACGAGCAAAUUCCAGCAGCUCCCAGGGCAGGAGAUUCCCAGGAUUUUGGGAAUCACCCUUUGGAAUU